AUGAGGCAACGAGUGACAAGCCACUCUGGAGACCCCUUGUCGCUCAUGAGUCACACUAGCCAGUUCCUUAAGAGUGUGCUACACCAUUAUGAAACACAGAGUCCGGGCCAUAAUAUCAUAUCUUUAGCCAUAUCCAAGGGACGACGAAUCAAACAGUGGAAUGCCAAGAACACCUUCGGCCGUCCCAUACCGGUACUACCCAAAGGUGAAGAAAUCUGUGUCUGUAUCCCUCCCAAGGGUUGUCGGUACUCCAAGCCAGGUUCAUACUGGCGCCUUAAGAAAACAUCGUACGGAUUACACAGUAGCCCUCGUCACUGGUACCAAACGUUCUGCAAGGUACUUGCUUCUCUCGAAAUGGAGGUAUGCAAACAUGACCCAUGCGUCUUCGUUGGGAAAUCUCCCUCUGGUGGCAACAUGACUUUCGGAACCUACAUUGAUGAUUGCCUCUAUUGGGGUACCAACGAAGCAACGGAGACUUGGUUCGAGAAAGCUCUUGGCAAACAGUUGAAAAUUGACUUCAUGGGAGACCUGUCGUUCUAUUUCGAAGCUCAUUACGACUUGCAAACUCUCCCAGAUUGUUGUCUUCGUGUUCACUGUUCUCCUGAGGGACAUCUUCAGAAGAUGCUCAACCAACACUCCAUGCUCGCACAAGCAAAUGGCAGAGCUGAACAAGUGGACGCCACAUUACCUCCCACCGACCGCUGGCGCCUUCACCUUGACUACAGGGAAAUCAAUCUCAACCUGUCCCUCCCGAAAACUCUCCGCUGGCUGGACACCAUCAAGCUGGCGAGGGCUGCCUAUGGCCGACUCAGCACGACAUACCACCGCCGCACAACACGACAACUCCAACAAUCCAUGCACAAUUACCCACAGACUGGCAGAACUACGACCCAAGAGUAA